AUGGCUACUAUCGAGCCUCGGUUGAUACACCUCCUCAACAACUCGCAGACUCCUGAUCUGCCGCCAAUACAGCUGCUGCCCUUUAGCCCGUCGGCCGACCAGUCGCUGUCGCUGCCCCCGCUCGGCUCUGAUGGCGGCCACAGAGGUGACAAGUCUGCGCCAAACCAGAUCCCUCCGAUAUACGCGCCAGGCGACGAGCAUGCGCCCAAGCAGCUCCCUCCCCGCGUCGAGAGUGCUUACGACAACGACCACAACAGCGCCCUCAACAAGCCGGCCCACCCGCUGCAGCGGCUCCUCGCCGGAGAACUGGAGCCAAGCGUGUCAACUCUCUCCUUACGCAUGAUUGUAGGCGACAACACACCCGACAAUUCGGAAGAUCUCUCUACCAAGAAAAGGCAUCGAGCGCUCACAAACAAGGAGGACUUCGUCCAACUGCCCCAGCCACUGAAGAAACAGAAAUCAACCCAGCAAGUCGUCCCUCCAAUCAUCAAUGGCCUGCACGAACCGCCGCCCAACGCGGCCGUCUUCCCUCCCAUCACGGGGUCCUUUGACGACAACGAAGCGCUGAACCUGGGCAUGUUGAAGGACUUUACCAAUGGCACUGAGGAACGAGCCCUCACGGCCCCCACGAGCGACGCGGAGAAGAACAACGCCAAUAGCAACAGUACAGGCCCCAAGGUAAAAAGACGCGCUACAAAACCGCGGAGGAAGUGGUCUGACGAGGAAACCAAUCACUUGCUGUUGGGGGUCAAUCGCCACGGCGUUGGAAAAUGGACGAGCAUCCUGGAAGAUCCCGACUUCAAAUUCAAUGAUCGGACGGCCGGGGACCUGAAAGACCGGUUCCGGACUUGCUGCCCCGAUGAGCUGCGCGGAGGCACGGGCAUGGGCAAGAAGCGCUCCGGCAAAGACCCGGUCGACACACCAGCCCCGCCUCCUCCACCUCCGCCCCCUCCUGCACCGGAAGAUAACCCAAGACCUCGGAACGGCCCGCUGCUCGAGAACAUUCUUAUUGAGCCCGGGGGCGCAGCCGACUUAGACGGGCCGUCCUUGUAUCCUCCGCAGACGCCAGAUUCAGGCCCCAAGCAAAGGAAAAGCCGAGCACACCGUAAGAAGAUUGAGGAUUUAGAGGAGCUAGGCAUCCGUGGUCCCUUCAAAAAGUCGCACCGCCGUGAACGGCGGCCGUUCACCGACCAGGACGACAAGGAGAUCCUGGAAGGCCUCGACCAGUAUGGGCCGGCCUGGACGAAAAUCCAGCGCGAUCCCAAAUACAACCUAUCCAGCCGCCAACCCACUGAUCUACGUGACCGUGUGCGGAACAAAUACCCAAACAUCUACGCGAGGAUCGAAAAGGGCAGCUUCUACACGAAGGAGCCCGGCCGAGGGGGCAACCUCCUCGAGCCUUCCGUCAACACAAGCAUGGAGAACUCGCUCCAUCCCAACAUGCCGGGGACGCUGGAGCCGCAGCUGAAUAAGUCGGGCUCCAAAGACGACAUGCGCAAAUGGGGUUAUUUCGAGUCGUCAGAGUCUCUGCCCGCACUGGCCGACCCAUAUACAAACGAACACCCGGCCUCGUCGUCGUCCUACGUUGCCACGAACAAUAGUAGCGCGCCUGAAAUGGACAUUGGCCGGCUUCUGCUGGACGACUCCCAAAUCACAAACGACAGCCACGCGACACCGGGGCCGUAUGAUGGGUCCCCCAACGCAACUUCGCGUCGGGUGGGCCAACUGAUCCCCGUUUCCCAAAGCCCAGGAACACCUCCAGAGACAGCAUCUCCCAACUCCCCUACACCGUCUGUGGGCUUGCCAGUCUCGGGCAUCGAUAAGAUUAUCGCCGAAAUUCGCAAUCGCAUCUGUGGCCGAGUCGAGGUCGAAGAGGGGUGGUGGUGCAUCAGCCUCAGCCGCGACGAGUUCAAGGCUUUUGAGGCGCGCUUUGAAGCCGAAGGGAAUUACCGCUGGCCAAAGUACGACUACUUCCCUUAGCUCGACAAGUUCCUCCUACGUAUAGCGGGCAUUGUCCACGAAGACGU